AUGCCGAGUGCCUUGCCAGGGAUCCUUCGAGACUACAGCCUGAACGGAAUCUCAGGGCUCUAUGACAGCAGGCAUCUGAGGGCUGUGGCACUGAAUGGAGCUAAGGGCCACCUUUGGAGUGUCCCAGACCAUCAGGCUGAGCUAGGGAAGGGGGUGGGGCAUCACAAGCCCCCAACUGCAGUCUGGACCAGCCCUGCCAGCUGCCACAGGGGUGUGAGUAAGCGGAAAUGGGGGGGGACGCCCUCUGCCUGUGGUUUCCCAGCCCCUAGCCUGCCUGCCUGCUGCCCCGCCCCUCCCUCCCUCUCAGCUGACUUAAAUAGCAGCCCCAAGGCUGGGCAGCCACAGCUCUCCAUUCCCAGGCUUGGACUGGAGCUCCUGUGGUGCUUCCUGCUACUGCCUCCAAGACCAGAUUUCCCGAACAUCCUGGAAAUGGGUAUGUCUGGCCUCUUUCUGGCCUUGACGCUCCUGCUCCUGGCCACCACAGUGCUGCCUGGGAAGGCAUGCAGCUGUGGCCCCCGGCAUCCUCAAGAGGACUUUUGUAGCUCCGACGUGGUUGUCACGGCCAGGUUCCCGUCCGCCCCCCAGCUCAACCACACCCUCUCUCAUCUGCAGUAUAAGAUGGAGAUUAUCAAGAAGUUGAAAGGCUUCGACAUUCCGGGAGGCAUUGCCCCAGUGCCAAAGUUCCUUACCACCCCGGCCCAGGAGAGCCUCUGUGGCUACCGAUUCAAGGCCCUGGCCAAGGGCCAGGAGUAUCUGGUUGCAGGACGCCUACUGGAGGACCAGCUCUACGUCACCAGCUGCAGCUUCGUGAAGCCCUGGAGUAGCCUGAGCCCAGCCCAGAGACUGGGCUUCAAGCAGACCUAUGCCAGUGGCUGUGGCUGCCAUGUGCAGCCCUGCCUCAGUGUCCCCUGUGGCGUGGAGAGCGACACCCACUGCCUGUGGACAGAUUCACUGAUUUCCCCCUCGGCCGAGGGUUCCCAGAGCCUCCACCUGGCCUGCCUGCCAAAGAAGAGCGGCUUCUGCUCGUGGCACUCCCUGAACGUUGAGGCCCCGCAGCCAAGGACCUGAGCCCGCCCCCCCCCAGUCCCCUUUCUCUCUGUUCUCAUCCCCUCACGAUUCAUGGCCAGUAAAAUCCAUAGAAACCAA